GUCCUGAAACGUAUUUUGGUGUAGGAAGUAGAUGGGAUCAGGCCCUUUACUAUGCCAUUAAUGAAACUUUCAUGUACUGCACUAGAAAGAGUUCCACUGACGCGUCAUAAGAUAAUUGAAUAUUUGAUGAAGAAAUUCCCUCAAGAUUUAGUAUUCUGUCGUGCUCCAGGGGAUAAUGAUCUGACAAGCGGAGUUCUUGAGCGUCAAGUAGAGAAAAUUGAUCCCCUUCUUAAGUGGGUAGAGUCAGAAUUCGGCUUCAAACCCACUGUACACACCAGUUUUUUUGGUGGCAAGCAAGAUGAUGGUCUUGUUAGCGCCAUCGGAAGCGUUCUCAAGAAAACAGAUGAUUGUGAAUUGGCAACAAUUGAUGCAAUUGCUUCAGCUGCACAUUCAUUAGUCAUUGCACUUGGAAUUUCCCGUGGUAGAUUGGGGAUUGAGGAGGCUAUUGAGUUGAUUAGGCUUGAGGAAGAUUUGCAGGUUGACAAUUGGGGUCUUGUUGAAGGUGGUCAUGAUGUUGAUAUUGCAGAUUUAAGAGUUCAGAUUGCUUCUGCAGUGGUGUUCCUUGGACUUACAAGGAGGGUAUAGAUUUUGGUUAAUCUUUUAGUGAGUUUUACUUAAGUUGAAGUCACCAACAAGGUGAAGUCAAUAUGUUGGGUAAGUUGUAUUAAGCGUAUUGCUUUCACAAGGACGAGAGAUGAUUGCUGGGAAUAACCUGCUGAUGAGGAAUAAUGAAUAUAUUUUUCUGAAAUCGAAUACACUUCUUUGAACUUGGACUACCCUUCAAUCUUGAGAAGCAGGAUGUUGCUCCGAAAGUCUUAUGUCUCUCUUUAUGCUUUUAGGAGGACUGCCCUUGCCAAAUGCCUCUUUUUAUUUUUAAUUUGCAAGUGCCAAAUGCCUAUUAUAUUGUCAUGCAUGUCCUGGAUAUAGCUUCUUAUUUUUUUCUUAUAUAGUGUAAGGGAUCUUCUUGAUGCCCGACUUUGGGUGCUUCAUGCUCUCCAACAAAAGAAUACGGAAUACCAAAUGUUCUAAUUUUGUGACAUUUGAUAGUUAUUGAUGUAUGUUGUAAAUGAAGAGAGCAAAGCAA